UCUCCUUUGCAUGCGAGUCUGUAAUAGUUCUGUCUUCAUUUGCCUCUGGCGGUCAAAGGCCUUUCCCUUUCGGAGGAGGGAUCGAAGGGAGGAGGCAGCGACGCUCGAAACAUGCAAACUCAGUCAAAUAGGACUGGGCUGGGCUGGGCUGGUGCGCGCUGGAGCGAAGGCAGCAGAUCCUCGUGCUCCUUUCCCCGCAGCAGGUCGGUCCAGUGAGUCUCGAUCUCGCCUGAGCCCUACAGCCGGACAUCGCCGGACAUCGCCGACUGACCAGCUCGCUGCACUGAGCCCACAGGAAAGCCGAGGAAGACCGCGGGCAGGAUGGAGUACACAUUCCGCGCCGUCACCCACACGCCUGGGAUCAUCGUCUGGAGGAUCGAGAAGAUGGAACUGGUGCUGGUGCAGGAGAAGUUCCACGGCAGCUUCUACGAAGGAGAUUGUUACAUCCUGCUGUCUACGCAGCGCUGCGGCACCACGGUGUCCUACCACGCCCACUACUGGAUCGGGUCCGAAUCCACGCAGGACGAGCAGGGGGCCGCCGCCAUCUACAUCACCCAGCUGGACGAGUUCCUGGGCGGGAGGCCCGUCCAGCACCGGGAGGUCCAGGGCCACGAGUCGGACACCUUCAGGGGCUACUUCAAGCAGGGCGUCAUCUAUAAGAAGGGGGGCGUGGCAUCAGGGAUGAAACACAUGGAGACCAACAGCUACGACAUCAAGAGGCUGCUGCACGUGAAGGGAAAGAGGAGGGUGACUGCCAAAGAGGUGGAGAUGGACUGGAAGAGCUUCAACCUGGGAGAUGUCUUCCUCCUGGACAACGGCAAGACCAUCAUCCAGUGGAAUGGUCCUGAGAGCAACCAGCAGGAGAGGCUCAAGGGAAUGUUGCUGGCCAGGGAUAUUCGGGAUCGGGAGCGGGGGGGCCGUGCGGAGAUCGGGGUGAUUGAGGGCGAUGCAGAGCAGGACUCGCCGGAGCUGCUGGAGAUCCUGACUGGGAUUCUGGGCCAGCGGACGCUGGAGCUGGGCAGAGGGGAGCCGGACGAACAGGCCGACCAGCAGCAGAAAGCCAACGUCACCCUGUACCACGUGUCUGAUGCUCAGGGUCAGAUGAAGGUCACCGAGGUUGCAACAAGGCCACUGGUCCAGGACCUGCUGAACCACGAUGACUGCUACAUCCUGGACCAGGGCGGUGUGAAGAUCUUCGUGUGGAAGGGCAAACGGGCGAACAAGGCAGAGCGGCAGACCGCCAUGGCGCGCGCUAUGGAUUUCAUCAAGAUGAAACACUACCCGGUCACCACCAACGUGGAGACGGUGAACGACGGCGCCGAGUCCGCGCUGUUCAAGCAGCUGUUCCAGAGCUGGGUGGUCAGGGAGCAGACGGUGGGCAUGGGGAGGACCUACAGCGUGGGCAGAGUGGCCAAGGUGUCCCAGGAGAAGUUUGACGCCACCCUCAUGCACGCCAAGCCGGAGAUCUCCGCGCAGGAGCGCAUGGUGGACGAUGGCUCGGGCCAGGUGGAGGUGUGGAGGAUUGAGAAUGUGGAGCUGGCCCCCGUUGACCCCAAGUCCUACGGCUUCUUCUACGGAGGCGACUGCUACCUGGUGCUGUACACUUAUGAGGUCAACAACAGGAAGUGCUACCUGCUCUACUUCUGGCAGGUGAGGCUGCUGCUGUCACCUGCUGGACAGCCUGGGAACUGCAGGCAGGCAUUCAGACAGAUAAGAUAA